AGCAGCUACAGGCGCAUAGAAAAGUAUGCCUCACAAUUUCAGUUAUUACAGUUUAAGCAGCACUGAGCUGGUUCUUUUUUUUUGCAAAUGUAGCGAUAAGAGCAAGCCCAGCGACUAAACGUAAACAAACAAACCAUGAAUCAAUGUCAUAUUAACCAAUAAGCCCUAUGCCUUGAACCUUAACAGCAUUUUGCAGUACUACGUUGCCCACUAACCAAAACAGACAUGAAAAUCGUAUUCAUAACUUUGCUGCUGUCGCAGUUACUGACUUUGCAGCACGCGCAAGAACCGCGCAGCCUGAACAGCCUGACAGUCUAUUUGGAGAGCCACGAUCUGGCUGGAGUGGGCAAUACGAAAAAGUGUUUUGCCAGCUAUCUGCCGCAGCUGGAGCAAGUGGGCGCCAACUGGUCAACGGCGUACAGUGGCUGCCAGCGGCAAGCGGACACAGUGCGUGACACUGUGCUGAGCAAGCUGGGUGGCGAGCAAAAUCUGAUGCGGGAGGCGGCAUUGCGCAUAGACAGCUACAUAGACAGCUGCCUGAGAAUAACGAAUGUCCUGGACUAUUUCAAUUGUUUCGCCAAGUUGUCGAAGCAGCAGUUGGCCACGAUGUAUGCCAUAUCGUUCAAUGCCUCGGAAAAUGCGCUCAGUCUCACACAGCAGCUGAAUGGCAUCGAUGUGAAUCGCUAUCUCUGCACGAAUCGCACCGAGGAGAGCUAUGUCCUGGGCACAGCGCGCAUAUUCGAUGCACUCGACAAAUGCCUGCAGCUGGCGGCGAAUUCGGCUAAAACCACAGAUUAAAGUCUUUCAAAUGCUUUACUAAAUAUCUAAA